UGUCUUUUUCUUAUGUUAGAUACAGAGCUCAUGGGUUCCUUCAGGAGAUCAUCUGUUCUUUGCAGUGUCAUUCAAGGUCUGGCAGUUUGGAGUGUGGCUGCGGCUGGACAGCCGUGGUCAGUGACGAUUCCUAACCAGAUGUCCGCUCCGGUCGGGUCUUGCAUCGUCGUUCCUUGCUCCUUCACUCCCCCGACCGCUAACGAGGCCGUUGAAGUCACUUGGUACCAGUACGUCAGUCGUGGCUACCCGCUGGUAUACAGCGAAUCCAAACCGAGGGCCGUCAUAGAUAAGUUUCGUGACAGCACGGAGUUAAUUGGCAGCGCGGGAGAGGGGAACUGCAGUCUCAAAAUCAACCGGACACGAGCAGCACAUAAUGCUGAGAAGAUCUAUGUGUGGAUUACGCCAAAUCAGUUGGACGGCAAAUUCUAUGAUCAGACGGUGACAUUAGAGGUUACAGAGAACGCCCCUCAGCCGGAGAUAAGGGUGAUGGGCGACAAUCUAACAGAGGGGGAUGUGGUGAGACUGUCCUGUGAUGUCAUCCACACCUGCCCCCCUUCCCCCCCUUCCGUCUCCUUCCGCAACCACACGGGGGCGCUCCGUUGGAGCCACAAUAAGGAAGAGGCGGGGCGUUGGCGCGUCUCCGUGGAGACGUCCUGGAAAGUGAACUCGUCGGACCAUGGGAGGGGCGUGGCGUGUGAUGUCACACAUCCUGGGGGACUGACAGCCAGCAGAGAGAUUGUGCUCCAUGUUACCUAUCCCCCGAAAUCUGUGAGUGUCCAUGGACCCCCAAACGCACUUCCACCUGGCGGAAGCGUGUCCCUGUCCUGCAGCAGUCAGGCCAACCCCCCUGCGACCUCCUUCCAGUGGUACCGUGUGGAUCAAGGCCAGCCCAAGCUAUUGGAGGUCAGCUCUAAGGACAUAAGAGUUACAAAUCUGAGCCGCGACCAGAACCUGUUCCGCUGCAAAGCCAGCAACAGCGCGGGGAGUGGCAGCUCGCCUGACUUUGAAGUCAUCAAAGAGUAUGCCCCUCUUAUUCUCCGGAACUCCAGUUGCACCCUGGGUAACGGGCAGUGGAGGUGUGAGUGCAUUGUGGACUCCAGCCCACCAGCGAAGGUCACCUGGUCCUCCGUGGGCUCCUCCACUAAUGAGAGCGGCAACACGUUGUCCACGCUCAGUGGGCGGGUCCUAAGGUCUGUCCUCACUGGACCAAUGGGAGACGGGGGCCACCGUUUCUACUGCAAUGCCACCAAUGAGCACGGAGACGCCUUCUACCUGCUACAUAUCACAGUGGAGCACUUUGGAAAGUGGGGAAUUGUCCUUGGAGCAAUCGGUGGAGCUGUGCUCAUAUGUCUUCUAUUGGGAGCAUUUUUAUAUUGUAAACGCACUAAAAGGCGCCCCAAACACGCAGACCUUUCCCUAAAAGAAGUGAAAUGUGCUGGAGAGGAGGAAGUGAAGAUUGACAGUUUGUACUCAAAUUCGAGUGCAUGCCCUCCUGCCCAUGCACUGCCAGAGAGCAUCUACGAGGUGGAAGACGCACCCAGGUAUCAGGAAAUGAAGAGACAACCUUCAUAUGAUGACGAUGUGUACCAAAAUUACUGAGAUCUGCAGGACAAUCACAGCUGUCGGUCAUCUGCUUCCAGAUCAAAAGCGCUUCAGUGUACUCAGCAUUCAUAUUUUACGGUAUUCUCUGAAGUAAUCAGUGGACACUCAUUUCAUGCGUUUAUAACCUUAGUUCCAAUGGGUGCCAUUUUGGACACCAGAUGGCGCCAAAGGUACAUAAUUUAAAAAAUAAUAAUAAUUAAAAAAAACAGCCAGCACACCCGUUGCCCAUUAUCAUA